CUUUGAAUCACACAUCCUUCAUGUUCUCAUUAGCCUUCAAGUGUGAUCCUGAGUUACAAUUAAUUUUUGCAUUGAGUCAUGCUUUUUUAGAUAUCCAUGCCUCUGGCCGAAUUAAUAAGGGAUCUUCUACUGUUAGAAACUACAUCGAAACGCUUAAUUACUCCAGUCAUUUUAAAAAUGCAUGCAUUUCAUGACAAUUUACAAGAGAAUGAACUUACCAUCGCACUCUACUAAUUUUCUUCAAUUAUCUAGACAUUACAAGACGUUAGUUAGUCGUAUGAAGCGCAAUACUCAAUGUAGAUUUUAGUUGGCUGUGCAUGAAGGCAUUCGCAAAGAAAAGGGCUCCCGAUGCCUCAGAUAACGGACCUGAACCUAGUAAGUUUUAUCCUGUUGUUUAUUAAUGGAAAUAUAUCAUGGUUUCUCCCUGUGACAAACCCUUAUUUCUAAGUUCUUUGUUUGUUGUCAAGUGAAUAAAACCUUUUUAUUCAAUAAAGCAUCCAUAGAUAAAGUGAGGAGCUUCUUCUCAAAGUUUGGCAGUGGUUUGCGUACUGCUUUCGUCAAACCACAACAUCCUAGUGUGCCAGUUACUAGUCGUGACGUUAACAAUUUCUGUUAUUCUUCUGAUGAACUGACAACAAGCAAAGAAGUUUUUUCGGCCUCAAACGAGACAGUUGAUACUCUUCAUCCUUUAAGGUAUGUUUAAAUUUUAACUGAGGUUCUGAAGGUAUGUUGGCUUCGACCUACUUUCUAAUUUGGUCAAAUGUUUGGUUUAGAGGUGGUAAAAUUUACGAAACGUUUCCUAUCUACUUCGUUACCGACCGUAUAUAUUAGUUGCUUUGUUGUCUGGUGGAUUGUUGGAUCUAUUUCCCUGUAACUGGUCUGAGAUCUAUUUAGUAUUGGGUGGCACAUUGACUAUUCGUGUUUAUAUGUAGCUACUAUGUAAUAGUUCACCUUUUUCCUUAGCUAAAGCUACCAUAUUUAUGUGAAAAACAUAUUCGAGUGUAAACUUAUCUUUAUACACUAGUGAGUUUUUAUCUUUGUACAUCUUUGGUGAGGCGAAUCCUUGUUGCCCUCCUUACGGCUGUCGAGGUCAGUUAUGUAUAUUUAAUUGCUAUUUUACUCAUGUUCCAUGUCCAUAUUUAUAUGCAGGUCUAAGUUUUUAUGUUGUUGCUCUCUGCAAAGUCCUGGAGUAUCGUAGUUUUUCAUUAAAGUCACCACUAUUUUUUUUCGAGUUCACUCAAAGUCUACCAUACUUUUCAAGCAACCAGAUAUAUCAGCGACAGUGAUCUCUUUUGUUUCACUUCCUGAUGGGUGUCUUACUUGGUAUAGCAACACUGCUGCUAUGUCCAUCCAUUUCAUACAAAUGAAAAAUAAAUAAAUCCUUACAUUCUUUGUAUCGAUUAACUUGCAGUUGUUUAGUCACACUGCAUUCACAUGCUCUCAUUGUCAGAUAUAAAUAACGUGUCCUGUAAAAUAUCGUAAUGAUAACACUAACCAGGUUCAAUCCUGAGAUUGUAAUAUCGUCCACUGCAAAUUUGUUAGGUUCUGUACUAAAUUACCCAACUGUUUUAGUCUACCCACUGGGACCCAUCAUUCAGAUAGCUAUUUAAAAAGUUUGUGGGAUAUGUUGCUUUUUCUUCAAGUUCUAUAUACCGAACUCCUGAAGAGGUUAGCUUGAGUAGUUGUCAAACAUUGGCUACGGUAGGAGUAUUACUGAAAUAGGAAUGACAUGGAGUAUAUACCUCGCAGUUAUAAAAUAUAGCAUUUAAACCGAAGCAUUAUGGUUAAACCUAGUCAUAUUUCCUCUUGUUUAUCACAAGUGCCAUUCAGUGAAGCGUUCAGUAAAGUUUUCAACGCGACUUGUUAUUUAUGAAAACAUCACUGAUAUCUUACAAACACAGUAAUAUUUAUUUGGGUGCGUAGUCUACAGUUAAGUUCUAUAUAGUACAGUAACCAUGAAAAACAGAUUUAGUUGCAAAAAUCAUUAACUCAAAUGAUAUUUAUAUAUUUCACUGACUAUAACUAAUGUAUUUUAUAGCUCUUUGUACCGACUAUUCAGUUUAAUAAUCUUAGUGAAGUAAGAUAUAGUUCAAUCGAGAGCGAAUUUAAUACACGUAUGGACCUCAAUACAUGGCUAGCUACCCGUGGUUACACUUAGGUCUGAUUGUUUAUAACCAUAGAAACUUACAAUCUAUUAACACAAGGUAACUAAAUCUUGCUAACUUGUUGUAUGCACUCAUAAACUUUGGUUCUUCUUAAUCAGCAUUUUAUUAUUCUGGUCUGUUCAUAAUGUAAAAUAUCUCAUUACUAAGAAGUUUUAGCACGUCAUUAUUUUUAUAUCCUUUUAGAACUGACCACCCAACUGUAAGAGAGUUUUGUUGCCCUUUAGAUCAUAGAAUCCCCUAAUAUAAUACUGGAUGGCUUGUUAAAUUAUUUAAUAUGUAUUCAAUCCAAGCAGCUUAUUCUUUUAUGGUUAAAGCUUCUAACUUACAAUCACUUAUUAACGCAUUGAAAUGCCAAUUUUGUCACAUUUUUUCGGAAAGCUAGAAGUGGUUUAAGUUCAUGUAUAAAAACUCGUACUUGGUUACAUAGUCACAUUAAGUUUGGGCACCCGGGCAGUAUUCCAGUCCUCACACAAAUCGAAUGAUCUAUGUGGCUCAUAUCUAUUUGGUGCAUUCUUGUACCAAUGUUUAUGUGUCUAAAUAAAUAAAUCCAAACCAUGUAUCGAUAAUUUUUCUAUAUGACGUAUCAGGACAUUUCGUGUUUCAUGGUUUAUUUUUGAACAGGAUUCUUUACUAUCCCAUCAAGCACUUGUUAACAGCUUUUUUAUUUGUUUAUUUAUUGUCUCUUGUCAUUUAUAUCUAUUGCUACUACUUACUAACGGAAUGAGAUAGCCGUAAAUCUUGUGUUACAGCGUAGUUUCGAUUGCGUCAACUGAACACUGCAUUUCAAUAUAACCUCUCAGUAAAGCUUUUGGUUAAGCGAAAAGGUGACUCCAAUUUAUUUCUCUUGUAAUGGCACAUAUUCACUGGUGGCGUACAACGUAAUUAAGUUAACAUACAUAUUUUCACGGUUUUAUUUAGCCUUUCCUGUUAACUAUAACAGGAAUUGUAGAUACUGUUGUUUAGUUUCAUCAUUCUUAAAACGUUUGGUAACGGUAUAGAUCUGAUGUUUAUAAAAAGCAUUUGGAUACUGAAUAUAUGGGUUGUCAUUUUAUUAUUUGGUGGUGUAGGUUCCACUCAGACCUCAAAUAAUCAUUUGGUAGUGAUGGCUAAUAAGUGUUGUUUUUCUUAAUUUUUAUUUAAACACAAACAUUGGUACAAGAAGACACAAUAGAUAUACGCCACAUAAGUCAUUCGAUUUGUGCGAGGACUGGGAUACUGCCCUACACUAAUAAGUGUAGUAUAUUCUUCGCUUCACCGAUAUGUCAAGUAUAUUUUUUGGUCAAUAUAAACUUUUUGCCUUCGUUUACUCUAAAUGGUUAGUUUUAGGGAACAACCAAGUUUGUGCAUUUAGCAAUCUUUGACACAGUUUAUUGUUAAAGCACUCGUCUUUCGAGCCGUAGGUAGCGGGUUCGAAUCUCUAUCUGAGAACUAGAUUAUUUCUGGAUUCGGGAGUAUCUCGUAGUGUUAAAGCGAUUGUCAUCCUCAUCUUUAUUUUUCUCUUGGGUCAAUCAUGAAUUAACUUGCAGAGUAUGAAUCUCCCAAUUAUACUUUAGGUACUGGUUUCCAUCAUACUCCACAGAUUGCUCAAAACUCGUUGAGAAAUGACUUUGGAGUACCAAGCUGGUUUUCAUAUAGAUCUUGGAUACAUUGACCAUGUAUCAACCCCCCCCCACCAAAUAUCCGAAAACUAACGUAACUAUUUCAGGCUAACAGUCAUAUUUUUCCUGACAUCAGAACCAUCUCGAUUCGUCGUAUAGAAAUCUAAUCGAACAUUGUAUGAUAAAGAAAAAUAUCCUUAGGAACCUUGCUUACACCUUAAAGUUCUGUACAAAAACACCUAAAAGAGAUUGAUGGUAUAUAGCUGCUUCUUUGCUUUUCGAAUUGCUUUUCUUGUCUUAUUAUACCGGACGUUUUUGGUGCUAGAAAUGAAUAAACCAAAAAAAACUAAAUAAUCUUUAUAUGUUGAAAACAAUAUCGGGACAUUUUCCAUCUAGGUCACCAUCUAUUUCGUGGAGACUCAAGUCUUGUCUCUUGUAAUUCUAGUCUGCCUGAGCUAAGGGUUUCUGAUUCCUGUCUUCGUAAAGUUAUUCAUAUUCAUGUGGUUAAAUCAUGCAAGUGACCGUAAUAUCACCUGUUAUACAGCUAAGUAUGAGACCUUUUCUAAAAAAAAGGGAGCGACUUGACAUAUGAGCUCUUAUAUUCUUACUACUCUUAUACUGCUUAUGCUCUUACUACUCCUACCACUAUGGGAUUUGAAUUGACAACUUAAUCUCUGUGCUGACUGACUGAACAUACGAGCUAUCAUGAAUUAGUUAUAUUUUACUUGUAUGGUUUGAGUGGUUAUCGUGUCGAUUGUUGCCAGCAUAUGGUGACUAAUUGAAAGAAAUAGAGAGGCGGUGGCAUAAAGAAUAGUACUGCGUGAACACAUGUGGUGGAACCUGAGUACCUGUAUGAUUUUCUUAAAUUAUCAUAACUUUCUAACUUCUGGCCUCCAAAUGCCCUGGUGCGGCCAAGGGUGGGGAAAGUCAACUCUCCUUCUCGAAAUGGCCUCACAUGACCACACGUAGACGGUCACUGCCAGGGAGGUCCUACUCACUACCUUCUCAGGGCAUUACUGUUGUUUACGAAAUUGAGAGGAUGAAGGGCGAAUGUCCGACGCUUUAACCGGUUUGGUGGACACGGAGAGUCCACCCUUGGAAGUUGGAAAACCCUUAUUCCAAACCAAUGGUGAACAUGGGCUCUAGGAUCCUGAAGUAACAAAUGGCGUAUGAACCAAUCGUUGGUCACCAGCUACCAUGGGACUGCAUCUCGUGACAUUCCUCCACUGCCUUGUGGACCAAACCUUUAGGUCGAAGGUUCCGGGUGUCUCCGUAAGGGAAGCUAUUUGCUUCGGUCUGGGCAUCUGAACAGUCUCACAGACCACAUACAAACCAAGUGACUUGUGUGAUUCAUAUGUAUUCGGUGCCACUUUGUACCAAUGUUUGUGUGUGUUCAAAUAAAUAAAUAGAUAUAACUUCUUACCUGAUUGGAUGUCGUCAACAGUCCAAUUCUGUAUCGAACAUAUCGUACUUUUUUAUCAUUUUCCAUUUGAACAGUUAAGAAUAACAGUACAAACUCCGGAGUAUAUUUUACUUGACUGCUUUUAUAUCUCCUAUUUAUUUGUCAUCCAUUUCUUAUUUAUUUAGUUGUUUUCUUCAUUGUUGUUAUAUUUUCAUACCUAGUACAUCUUUUGUAUAUACUGCACUGAGAUUUCUCUGAAAUAAAUAUAUUAGUAAUAUUAAAGUGUAGUGUAUCUAUAACAUUUGUAUAUUAACUUAGAUCUUUUCUAAAUAAAAUACUGCGAAGACAAGUUGUAAUCUAUUUGUUCCUUGACGAGGCAGUAUACUCACUAUUGGUACAUGUAAUGCGUAAAUUCCAUUAGGUGGUAUUUUUGUGGCUAGAGAAUUUGGCUUUCAGUCGUAGAAUCGCAAGUUUAAAGCCUACUGUACCUACUGAGGUUUGAGCUGACAAGUACCCGUCAAACUUCAGGUAUAGCUUAAAGCUGAGUACAUCAGUCUAUGCUUAACUAGUUAGUUAUCCCUUUGUGCCUAGUGACGUUAUCAGGAAUACAAAAAUCAAAAGUAAAUAGGUCACAUAGAAAAGAUAAAGCUCUGAGUACUAAGAAGUUAGAGUAAUACUAUAUUAAAGAUUCGAAAGAAAAUAAAGAAAAAAAUGCAUUUGCACUUCUUUGGCGUUUUUCUUAAAAACUUUGUCGCGUUAAGUCUCUGUUCGUGUAUAAUAAUUACUUCAUGAACCUCAGUCAAGAAGUUUAUACCUUCCACCACGUGUAAGACUAAGAUUCAGUAACCUAUAGACUGAUGUUAUCUUACAUUCUUAUUGGAAGAAAGAAAAAGGUUUAAAACGUUCUCCUAAUGUAACUUAUGUUGUUUGAGAGGCUGUAUUUUUUCAGCGUCAUAACGGGAUAUAUUGUUUGCGCGUUUCGUGUUGAUAAAAAGUUAUCUAGUUAAGUAAUAGACUCACUAGUAAUCUAACGAGUAAAUAUUUACGUUGAGCUGUUUACCCGUUAAGUAGAACGGGAAAGCGGACAUUUUUAGUGAGUACCGCUUGGCGCUGUCAACACAGACGGUCUGAAAGACACUAUUCCAGUAAAGACUAUUUUGUUGAGUUGUGUACCUCAAUUACGAGCCUUUCAGCAAUAAGCAUGACCAUAAGCUUUUUCAGUCGACAAAGCCCAGUGCCCCAUUGAAGUCAAAAUAUUCAUUUGGACGUCAGUAAGUGUGCUUAUGUAUUACAACUUAAUGAAGGAUAAUAGUUUAAUCAAUAUAUCCUAAAACUGUUAAGUAUUGAAUAUUUAUCGGUUUAGGAAUCUGAUUUCUCUUUAUCAAAGGGAGAUGUUUUAUUUACCGAGACCGGUGAUAAUAAAAUGGAAUUACUCUGAGCACUUAAACUUUAAUGCCUUAUUCUGUCAAACUAAUGAUCAUGACCUCUAAAAACCUCUCAAUUCAACCUGUCAGGCAGAAUCUGUUGGUUUCCAUUGUUUCAAGUUAGUUAUAACCUUUCCAACUUUUCAUUGUCAAUCACCAUACCAAUGAUGUUAAUCAUACAGGUUUGUAAUAAUCAAUAGUUCCAUAAAAUGACUAUGUUUAGUUCUAAACAAGUUAACUGCUAACUUACUCGUAAUCAAUUGCAUUGUUUUUUCUAUAUUUGACUUGUAUGUGUUCAUAUAUUUUAAACAGUAAUAUGAAAGGCGAUCGAGUUUCCUCUUCCGUUCGUAUAUUGAACGAACCACAUGGUUCUAGCCCACGAUCAUCACAUAUCCGUGGAAAUGUAUCUCCUCAAAAUUCUGCCUUUCGAGAUGAAUUGAACUCAAAACUUCGAAUUCGCCCUGGUCAUAAUCUUCAACCUAGAAUAACAACAAUUGCUAAAUCUGCUGAAAGUCCCGAUAGUUUAAUUUUACAUGAAUCCUCGUCACCAAAUCAAAAACAUUUAAGUAGUCCAUACUCAUCUCCUUAUAGUACUCGUGUAUUUGCAACAACCCCACCUAAUAGUACACAUGAGUCUAUCAGUUCAACUCCAUCAUCCUCUGGUGCCUCAGAGUUUGUCAGUUUACAGCAUAAAUUAGCUGUCAGUAGACCUCGAAAUCGUCGUCCACCAUCAAAAACUUGUGGUCAUGCAUUGAAUAAAACGGAUGAAGAUUUUGUUGGCUUCUUUUCCCCAUCACCCAAACGUGUAUCGGUUAAUAAUAAUUUCUUUCCAGUCUCCAAUCCUCAUUUGGGUCUUAUAAAAGAAGAAAGUGAAAUAAUACAUCGAAUAAGUGAACAACCUCAUCAAGAAAUAUCUGCCACUCAUCUACCCACUGAAAUAUUAACUGUAAGUACUGGUGAAUCGAUUAGUGAGAAUUCCAAUUCAAAUAAACUUGAUUCUCCACUUUCAAGACUAAAUUUAAGAGGCAGCGUAAAACCUGCGUUUGACUGGAAUUCUCUGGAACGUAAAUCUGAUUCCUAUCGUAAAUCCGACUGUUUACUCACAUCAUUUGAUCAAGAAACAAUAACACCUUUCAAACCCCCAAGCAAAAAUACAGGAUUUGAGAGAAUAAAAAUAAAUUCUACCAGUGAUUUUCAUAAUUUAACACCGCUUGCGUCAUACAAUGGCGGUGAUCAACAUAUUCGUCCACGUUCCAUGUUCAUCCCAUCAUCCGGUAAUGAAAUUCAGUCAUCACAGAUUUGUUUAAAAACGAAAGAUGUAAAUAAUAACUUGACAACCGAUCAUCAUGAUACCAAUCUGAAUAAUGCAAAACGAUCUUCUGAAUCAAUUCCAUCACUUGUUUUUGUCCCAUGUAAAGCGUCUGUGGAUAAUAACAGUGAUGAUACUACUAAUACCAAUAAUCAUGAUAGUAAUGUUGGUAAUAAUAAUCUCAAAGUUAGUAAUCAAACUACUCAUGUUCAUACUGAGACAAAAACACAUAUCUCUGUAUCUAUGAUGAAGAAACCUGUUUUGACUGGUGUUGAAGAAAAUUCAAAUAAAUGUUCUCAAAGUCCUAGUCCUCAGACAGUGGUCUUACGUCGAAAAAUUGAUGAAACUUCUCGUAUUAAUCCGCCAAGUGAACAUCGUGUAUCACGUGUACUGGAGUUGGUGAAAGCAUUUGAAGGGGGUGUUUGAUAAAUCAUCAAAUAUAGAUUAAUUAUGAAUUUUGGUGCUUAAUUUCUUUGCCACUUUACUUUUAUCAUGUUUAAUCACUACUAUUAUUUUUAUUGUUUUUACUUAUUGUAAUAUGACUGACAAACUUUAAUACUCCAACCUCUGAGAUGUUCUACUUUAUUUCAGUAAUUCUAUUCAUAAUUGCAAACUUUUAAAUGCAUACACAUACUAUUGAUCACAUUUUAUUCUCUAUCACUACUGAUUAUUUUCAUUUGGUUGCGCCAUAAUGUCUUUUUUCUGUUUUGAGGAGAAAAAUUGAUUUAAAAAACAUUUGUGAAUUAAUGACACUCUCUAUGAAUCCAAUUAUUAUUUAAACAUGUAAUUUUAUUUUCUAUUCACUCAAUUGUAUACUGUUUAAAUUAUACAAAUUUGACUAUGUAAUCACCUGUGUAUCUGUAUGUGUACAUCUUAUCAAUUCUACUUACUGAAAAUGAUUGAUUGUAUUGGUCUGUGCCUUAGAAAGCUACUUGCCCAUCAAAUUGAAACAAAAUCAACAAACUAUUCAAUGUGUCAAUAUUUUCUUUUUUUAUCAGGAAAAAUAUUAACAAAUGAUAAUAUAAUCAGAUUAAACAUACAGCAUGAAUUGUGUUUUUUUUCGCAAUAAGAAAAUGAUACAAAUUCUCCUUUGCAAUUUCAUUCAUUUCUUAUAAUUAAUACCACAGAUUUGAUUAUCUGGUUUCUCUGUCUUACUAUGUAUUAUAAUGAUAUUUUAUACAAUAAUCUAUUUAUUUGAUUGUUUACCGUUGGGUGCUUUAUCACUAUUCUCUAUUCUUGUUGAUUAAUACUAAUUAUUUGUAAUGAUUUGAUAAACAAUGAAGAAUUACGCUUUGUUUUCAAAAUAUAACACUAUCGUUGAUUCCUAAUGGCUCAUAGAAUGCAAAGACACUUCAGUACUUUUACAAAUUGUCAUUUUAAACUCAUCCUUCCAAAUGAUUUGUAAUAUCCAUACAUAAACCCUGUUGUUUUCAGGUGUUAACAGAAGACACACAAAAGAGAAAUAUGUAUAUCGUAAUUGCCAUUCAAUUAAUAUAUAUAUAUGGGUUUAAUCGAAAUAAAUUACGUCAU